CAGUCGGCGUCCUCCAACGGAGGGGUGUAAACAGGUCCUCAGCGCUUGAGCUGCGGCCCUACUGCGUUCGCGUCUCCGGCAUGCUCCAGGCGGGCCCGGGCGGUCUGGCCGCGAGCUCAGCUCCUACCUGAGGUAACUCCCUCGGCCUCGGGACGGCUGGACCUCACAACGUGCGCAGCCGCUGUCGCCCUUCGCUGACGAGGCCGGCAGAGCCCAGGGCCCGGGCAGGGGGUGUGGCUGUCGGCUGUGAGGUCCGCGACAGCUUUAAGUCGAUGGCCCAAAAUGACUCUACCACUGGAGACUCUCUUCUGUAAAGAAGACGACCAGACAGGAGGCUGGGAUGAGCAUGCCACUGCAUCAGAUCUCUGUCAUUCCAUCCCAGGAUGCCACCUCUGCUAGAAUCUACAGAAGUAAGACCAAAGAAAAGGAGAGGGAAGAACAGAAUGAGAAGACUUUGGGACAUUCCAUGAGUCAUCCAAGUAGCAUUUCUAAGGCUGUGGGUCCUCCGUUGGCAUCGGCUCCAGUGUCUGCCUUCUCUCGCACUUCUGUCACGCCUUCCAAUCAGGAUAUUUGCAGUUCCAGUGCAGUGUUUUCUGAUUGUUGUCGUCACAGUCCCGUGCAGUCUGCUGUUGUCUUGAAAGCUCCUCAAUGCCAGAGUUCUCUGACACAAGGGCUCACUGUGACAGUUAUCUGUAAAGACAUAUUACAGGCGUCAAAGAGAAAUUCCUAUGGUUCAGAAUGGGUCCAGGCCUUGAAGCCUGCUAAGAAUACCAAAGCCAGAAGAACACUAAAGUUCUCAAAGUCCCUUAACGAUGUGGGUGAGAAGGCCCAGGAUGCUUUGGAAAGUUUUGACUAUGUGGAAAGAACUUGUUCUGAAGGGAAAUUAAUACUCUCUCAAGAUCCAUGUCUCAGAAUUAACAGGUUCCAUCAUAAAGAAAAAAGAACACUGAAUAGCAAACCUCCUGGCCAUUCCAAACAUUCUUGUGUUUCAUCUCUAUCUGCCCAUCAUUCAACUGCCUCAGAGGUGGAAGGUGGCAAGGGGGGCAUGCAUGUCUCUCUUUUGGAAGAGAAAGCGGAUGGCGAGGCUGUGUCCAGAAGACGGCGACUGCUCAGGUACCUGUUCUCGCUCUCGCUUGGCUCGAGUGCCAGCAGCCUGCACAGGUUCCAUGAGCUGGAGAGCUGUACCACUCACCAGCACACCGCCAAGUCCUCCAGUGGGCUGGCAGGGAGCAUGGGCUUCGGCUCCAAUGAAAUGGGAGAUGAUGACGUCUUUGAGGACAGCACAUCCACAAAAUCGAAGAGCAAGGUCCUGCGGGCACCACUCUGCUCAGUGGAGAAGGACAGUGACCUGGAUUGUCCUUCUCCCCUCUCUGAAAAAUGCCCCCCCAUCUCUCCUGUGUCCACAUCAGGGGAUGCCUGCAGGAUCUGUCACUGUGAAGGGGAUGACGAGAGCCCUCUGAUCACCCCCUGCCACUGCACAGGGAGCCUCCACUUCGUGCACCAGGCAUGCCUGCAGCAGUGGAUCAAGAGCUCUGACACACGCUGCUGCGAGCUCUGCAAGUAUGAGUUCAUCAUGGAGACCAAGUUAAAGCCUUUGAGAAAAUGGGAGAAGUUGCAGAUGACAGCCAGCGAGCGGAGGAAGAUCAUGUGCUCAGUGACGUUCCAUGUCAUUGCCAUCACCUGUGUGAUCUGGUCCUUGUAUGUGCUCAUUGACCGCACUGCUGAGGAGAUCAAGCAGGGGCAGGCAACAGGAAUCCUAGAAUGGCCCUUUUGGACUAAAUUGGUGGUAGUGGCCAUCGGCUUUACUGGCGGACUUCUUUUUAUGUACGUUCAGUGCAAAGUGUACGUACAAUUGUGGAAGAGACUCAAGGCUUAUAACAGAGUAAUCUAUGUUCAAAACUGUCCAGAAACAAGCAAAAAGAAUAUUUUUGAAAAACCUGCACUUACAGAGCCCAACUUUGAAAAUAAAGAUGGACGUGGAAUCUGUCAUUCCGAUACAAACUCUUCUUGUUGCACAGAACCUGAAGACACUGGAGCAGAAAUCAUUCACGUCUGAUUGUGUGGAGUGUAUAGUUUUCCUGGAUAUCCAUGAACAGCUGAAGGAAAUUGUUUACUGCCAAUUGUGUACCUUUUCUUAUGUGCUUUAAUAGCACAGACUGGGCGGGUGACUAUUUUUAAUGGCUUCUGUUUUUCUAAACCCUCCCUAGUGAAUCUCCUGGAAAGCUCUCACAUCAGCUGUGCAUGGCUGAGCUCUACUUCUGCCAGCAUGUCUGUGGGAAGGGAAGAUGGAAGACUCCACGACACCAUGUUAGGGAGCUGGCCCAUGGUCUUGAGCAGAAUUAGAGAAUAAAAUGACAAACCUCUGGGAAGACCAGGAGCAGGGUGCGCAACCUCUUCUAGUUAGCAACAGUCCCCACCCUGGAGCAAAGUGUUUGGGAAUGUCUAGUCAUCAUAGGAGAAUUUCCCUCCUCGCUAAGGAGAACCUGGGAGAUGUGUUCCCUCUACCAGUGCUACCACUGACAGUUCUCCCUAGCAAACGGGCCUUGGUGCUCUGCAUGGUGGCAAGUGAUUCACUAAGCAAACAGCACUUUACAGAAAGAAAAUCUUUAUUUUAUAAUAUGUGUCUAGUGAGAUUGACAUUUAAAAGAAUGUCUCAUUUAGAAACCUUCCCUUUAUAACCCUGUUUAUCUCUUUUAUGUUAUAAUAGACCUAAAACUCUUUUGGCCUUAUGUAUUCUAAGAAACAUGACAUUCAUUCUAUGUCUAUUAAAGGGACUUGUGACUAUAAAGUAGGACAAACAGGUAUGAGGCUUUUCAUAAUAUUUCAUGGGGGUUAAUGGAUUCUAGAUGGCAAUUUGAGCAUAAUUUCUAAUGGUUUCAAGCCUGUUUUAUGACAAAUCUUUAUAGGCUGGCCCGAAAUGUUUCUUUUUUGUCAACGCUGAAAAGGAAGGAUUUAGAGGUCUAAAGAAAAGGGAGUAAGUAAUUAGAACAAAACAAUAUUUAAAAACAGACACACCUCUCUAGUUUGUACUGCUUCACACUGAAAGAGUAAGCUUGCACCACCUUGGUCUAGGGUAUGUAUACUGCAGGUGCUCCUGGGCACCUGCUACCUCGGCCAGGGGAGGUUCUGUGGAUCACUGCUCAGGGCAGAGAGGCAGAUGGGCUGGCUCUGGGACUUGGGCCAGGAGUGAGCAGCAAACUGGCGGGGUCCACUGUGUCACUGCCCCCAGCCACACCCUUACCCAUUUGUCGCCUUAAACUGGACUGAAUAGAGAGGAUCCUUUAGGGGCCCCUGGCCCUGUGAUCAGUUAGUUCUGUCAUCAGGGAUUAUCUCCUGUACCGUUUUUCAUAAAACAAACAAAACCAAAAUCACUACCAUCAGAUGGCCUUUGUCCUUAAAAAGUCUGCUUAAAAUUCUGUUUUUAAAACCAACUUCAUUGCACCAGGCAAAUGAGUCAACUCCAAGAAAAUAGGCCACGGGGUUCUGCAGUGUAAUGUGGAUAUUCCCAGAUGCUUACUUUCUAAGCAACUCUGAAUGCACAGAGCCUCUUCUGCCGGGUGGGGUGCCUGGGGGCCCUCUGAGCCUUAUGUACCCCAUCUUUCCUUAAGAGGAUGAAGCAAACACAAGAUGAUUCAUUUGCUCUCCAAAGUGGAAGCCCUGUGGCUUGUUUUGAAGCUCUGGGGGAGAGCAUGUGGUAGCAGACUGUGCUCUGUGCCAUCUCCCACCCAGAGUCUGAUUCUUCGGGAUCAUGGGUCCUGGUCUAAGGAGCUGCUCUGCCAGGCAGAUACUGUCUAGCCACAGCCAACCCUUUAAAAUUGAUCAGCCUGCCCUCUGUCUGUCUCCCAGGCCAUAUCCAGCCUGUGCCUGUGAUCACUGUGCCCCCAAGUGCAAUUAUCCACACCCCUUCUCACCCUAGGAAUACCAAGCAGCUACAGACUGUCCAUUCAGGGAGCUGAAUCCUGGUCAGCCCUGCCUCUGCUCCUUAGGAACUUCCUAGGCAAGGCUCCUUGUCUCUGCCACCUUUAACAGCAGAUGAACAGUCAAGUGAAGAGAGGGAUUCACAGGUGAAGAGAUUUUUAAGUGGGAAUCUUUUCCUCUCCCCUGAUGGAACCCCUUAUGCUGAACUUGUAAAGUACUGAGACUUCCUGUAGAAAGGUAAGUAUGCUUUGGUAGUGAUAGCCCCUGGGCAGCCCAUCCAUUGUAGCUGGCACCCGCUUUGGCAAAGGUGCCUUUGUAACCAUGACUGUUGUGUUGGUCCCAUCCCCAACUAGAUUCUCAUGUGAAGUCUUCUCAUUUCUUUUCAGGGAGGCCUAACAUCAUCUAUCUCAUCAUCUCCUAACCAAGCUCCUAAAAACCCUCUGUCUGUGGUGGUCUGUCCCACAUCCUUCUUUCCUCUCCUGGAAUGGCACACAGAUGCCCGCUUUCUAUUUUCUUACAGGUUCUAGUUGAGCACCUCUGACCCUAUUCUUAGUCCCAGCUCUAAAAUCUCUGGGGACUAAUGAAAGCACCAAGCCUUGGCCAGAUUGUGCUGUGCUGCCAUCUAGUGGGAACAGCAGAUCUGCUAGAUUUUCCUUUAUUAUGUAUCAAUUUGCCUUCUGUGUUCUUUUGGGGGUUAAUUAUUCCCCAGGUUUCCCUCAUCCUGCACCUGGCUUUAGUGGGAGGAUGACAUUUAGCUGAACCAUAAAGAAAUGUGGGAUGACCUUGUAAGUCUCAGGGCCGGGAGUGCUGGUACUUGUGUGCCAGGCAAGGGGGAGAUGGAUGUGGUCUCAGGGGUGUCACCAGCCAGCUCUCUGAUUUGGCCUUUACUCCCCGCAUAGUUACAGUAUGACUCAAGGUCUUCUGACUUUGGCUGCCAGCAGUAAUUUGGUUUUUGUGCCCAAGUUUAAGAAUUUCCUGAAAACUCUGUAAUACGUCUCUUCCUACACCAGUCCUCUAAUUUCUCUUCCUCUUUUUCUGCUUCAAUCCACUCUUUUCAAUCUUAUGGAUCAAAUUUCCAAACCUGAGGGUGUGUCCUACCUGGCUACAGAUACACAGGCCCCAGGGAGUUGGGCCAGUUCAAGAGCCUAGCAUAAUGCCUGAAUGUGUUGGGGCUGCUUCUGCUACCUGGUGGUUGGCUGAAUGGCUGGGAGAGGAUUGGGAACAGGGUAAAGAUCCAUAAUGCUGUGGAUUUGGCAAACACAAUUUUGAAAUACCCUUUUGAAUCAGAUUUGAAAUAUGCAGCUUCCAUCUUUAGCGCAAGGAAAGAAGUAAACAAGGAAAUGAAGGCAUUUAUCUGUGUUUUGGAAGUAAGUUGUGCAGCUCAUCACCUACUUAGAUGCAAUGCUUCUAGAAAGUUGAUUGUUAAUAAAAACCAAAUUUACACUGGCAUGUGUGGUGUAGUUUCUAAAAAAGCACUUCAUAUUUGAAUUUUUUAACUUAGGAAGUUUCUAGUUAUCUAAAUGUCUAGUUUUGUAUCCUUUUGUGUAUGUUCACUGUUUCUCAGUAUUACCACUUGACUAAUUCUCUGUAUGGGAGCUUGUUUGUGCUAUACACAGGGGCGUCUAAUUGCAGCAAUAAAGCAUUUCUUUACAAAGGA